AUGCGGUGGUCUACCCUCAUCACCUUGAUUAUCUCAUGCUUGCUCUUGGGGGCACUGGCAGCACCCGCGUCGGGCCCGGUCCGACGGGAUGAGAUUGCCGAUGUAGAAGGAAAACAAGAUGCAGGCCCGACAACGGCAGAGAACAGUGCCAGUGAGGGUUCGGUCACGGCAACGCAGACAGAUGUAUCGGCCACAGCAACGGAUGCCUCAACAACGGCACAGCCCACGGCCACAGGUACUCAUGCCCUGACGACUGCCACACAGAAUGCCACUGCCACGACGUCGACGCCUUCCGCCACCUCAACUGUACCCUCGCUCGAUGGAACGACAAGUUCAUCACAGUCCGACGGGUCAGACUCGUCAAGGCCAACAUACACCAGUGGCCUUCCUAUCACGCCCAAGAUCACGCCGGCGUUUGGAGUAGGAGGAUUUAUAUUGAUGGCACUUGGAGCCGUGUUGGCCUUUAUUGGUGUUCGCAAACAAUGGGUCCAAAUCUUCCUCUCCACUGGGUUCUGUACUGCAUUGGGAGUCACUGUCCUAAUCAUCUAUGUCAUGAGCCCGCCUGUCAGCAAUGCCGUGCAGGGUGGCUAUUUGGUUGCAAUUUUCUUCACCGGUGCCGUCUUUGGUGGUCUCUCCCUCGUUUUCAGAGAGAUUUGUGAAGGGCUCGGAUGCCUUUUGGGUGGAUUCUGUCUGAGCAUGUGGUUCUUGACCCUGAGGCCUGGUGGUCUGCUUACGGAGAGUGGUCCCAAGGCUGGAAUGAUCAUUGCAUUCGCUGCUGGGUUCUAUUCCUUGUGCUUCAGUCACUACACCCGGCCUUACGGCUUGAUUGGCUGCACGUCUUUUGCCGGUGCAACCGCAUUGGUGCUCGGAAUCGAUUGCUACAGCCGAGCUGGAUUGAAAGAAUUUUGGCUCUAUAUCUGGGGUUUGAACAACAACGUGUUCCCUCUCAGAACGAAUACCUAUCCUGUGACGCGUGGUAUUCGGGUCGAGCUUGCGGCAACCAUCAUAGUCGCGAUCCUGGGCGUAAUUUCCCAGGUCAGACUAUGGAAUGUUAUCAAGGAACGCAGAGCCAAGGAGGAGGAUAUUCGAAAGGAGCACAACAGGAAGAUUGAAGAGGAAGAUGCUGAGGCCGGUCGACGCCUGGAGGAAAAGAACAUCCAGGAGCGCGCCGAAUGGGAACUCAUUUAUGGCAACGGCAAGGGAGCCGAUGUUAAGACAGCCUCCGUUUCUGAGACCGCAGUCGGUGACUCGCGCCGGGGCUCGGAUGGAUAUACCUCCUCCGACAACGAGAAGGGCGCCGACAUUGAACUUAAGGAAGUGCGAAGCCCGGAUUCAUCCGGCAGUGCUUCAGGCAGUGAAAAGAACAGCACUGGCGAAGAUGGUUCUCGGGAAUUGGAGCCUGUUCCGGAGGAGUCAUCUCAAGAUCAACAACGAGAGGGAGAUCAAGACCCGCAACAUGGCCCAGAAACCGACCCCAAGGGCCACCGACCUACAACUCCUGUGACCCAUGCCCUUGGCGUGGCCCGUGACGAUGCCUCCGAGAAUGGUGCCAUCAUCGGUUCGGAGGUUGGAACACCGCGCCCAAAACGUUUCUCGGGCAGAGACAUGACCAACCGAGCAUCGAUGCUUUCGCAGGAGGCCAUGGUCAUCCAUGAUGAUGCCAAUUCGUCCGUUCAAGGCGUAGCGGAUGACCUUCACGACGUAAGCGUGGGCUGUCCGAGUGUUGCAUCUGACGUUCAAGAUCCCAUCCAAGUGACUGAGCGUGAGGUAGAACCUUCAGAGAAAUCGGUAAACAAGGAAACCAUGGCUGUCGACAUCGAUGCCAAGUCCAAUGUUGGCUCACAGGCUGCUCAGGAUGACAAGAAUGCUCAGAAUGAAAGUGCUGUAAAUGAGCACGCUGCCGAGAAAAUUGUCUCCGAAGAAGCGAGUGCCAAUCAAACUGUUGCGCAGUCAGAACCUGUCAAGAGCAUUGUCGCAGCCGCAAGCUCCGGGAAGGACUCGGGCACAUCCAAGGCAGCCGAGCAGCCUGUUUCACCUGAUGUCCCCGCAACGGACGCCCAACCCAAUGCUGUGGCCAAACUUGUCAAGGCCGCGGAAGCAAAGGCUCAGCCGACGUUGGAGCCUUCGCCUUUGAGCGUUGAAAAGGUUGAAAGCGUGAAGAAUACUAGCGAAAGUCGGCCUACAACUGCUGCCACAGCCAAGCCUGAGUCCACGCCGGAGCCUGUCCAGGAGCCAGUUCCUGAACCAACUCCCGAGCCGGUUCCCGAGCCAAAGAUCGAGCCGCCAAAGGUUGAGCCAAAGGUCGAAGUGAUCAAAAGACUGGAUGCAAGCACAGUCAAGGCACUUCCCGAACAGACAUCACGAGUUAUCCAUUCUUAUCGCACCAAUGAGUGGGCCAAACACCUUGCAGAUGCUGAUACCCCCGAAUGGGAGCCAAUUGAGUUCGAUCCGGAGCCAGAGCUACAGGAAUCUGAUGAAGUUCACGAGGCCCCAGCCGUUGUCGAUGUUAGCAGCCUUCUCCAGACGCCGCUAACAGCCCAACCAGCCCCCAUCGUGAACAGGCCUGAGCUUCCAGAGCUGGAGCAACAGCCGUAUGAAUAUAUCUCGUCGACACCGGGCCCUGAAAUUCCCCGGUCGAAGACACGCACUGGUGCUCAGGGUCUGACGACUAAAGCAAUCCCACCUCCUAUCACUCGAAUCGAGUCACCAGCUGCAGUGCCCAUGAUGCGGUCAUCUUCUGGUCCAACCUCGCCAGUUCAAGAGCAGCAAGGAUUGAAAAGCUCGCGUAAUGCAUCCACUCCUUUGUUGACAAUUACCACGCCCAAUGAGCCAAAAGAAACCGAACCAUCACCACGCUGGAGUGGUCCACCUCCCCUGCUUGCCGUGCGCGAGGAUAUGGUGCGGAACCGCAUGUCCUCAACAUCCAACCGCUUCGAUCCCUGGUCUUCCCGCAAUCAAUCCCGCCAGUCUUUACCUGAAAUUCCAAAUGUCGCGUCCCCCAUCUCCCCCAUUUCUCCCAUUUCUCCCAUUUCUCCCAUUUCUCCAAUGUCCCCACUCUCCGCCCCGCAAGAAAGGGACGAAGAGUACCAUGGUCCUCAUGACGAAGACAACAUCCCCCUCUCCAAACGUCGCGCCUUGCUUCAACGUCAAACUAUGCAGUCUUCUUCAACAAGUCUCCACAGUGUGGAGGCUGCAUCACCAAUCCAAUCCCCGCCUUCUCCUUCCGGUGACCUGAACAGGUCUGCUUCAAGAAUGGCAGCAUGGCGACAGUCUAUUCGCGAGGAAAUCACCCAAAAGCGUGAUGUUCACUCGCCGCCCAUCAGCCCCGUGAGUCCCAUCGAUAAACGCAAUACGUGGGGCUCUGUGCAGCAGAUGCGGGAAGCCUCCUCUACCCAGCUUGGAAAUGCCAUUGCCGAGGGUAUGCAGCGGGGCAGCAUGACGGAUCUCCAUCGCCAGGCGAUGCGACGCAUGCAAGCUUCGGCGAACCGCAAGCUGUGA